ACCGGUAACUCAGAGAAAUUAUAAAAACCCACCUCACUGACACUCGUCCCUUUCACUGACAAAACCGAACAGAAAAAGAAAACACCACCAUGAAACCCUCCAGAAAAUUCAGCUUCGUCUCUUCUACUUCUUCUUCUUCUUCUUCAACCACGACUGUAACCUUCUCUGUCGACCAUAACGACCAAACUAUCCCCAAGCAAACCAAGCGAAUUCCCAUCCAGUCCCCUCCGUCGUCACCUAAAGCCUCAAUUUCACCUCCUUGUCUUUCCCAAUCUGAGGCCGCGGCAAGGAUCCAAUCCGCGUACCGGUGUCACGUUAUCCGCAAACUCUACAAGAAAAUCUCGGCCGUCGAUCGCGAGGCUGAUCAGCUGAAACGCUUGAUCCAGCGGCAGGACACGGUGGAUUCCAUCAGGAGCGACGAUCGCGAGAAGCUGAGGAUGAACGAGGCUCUUAUGAGUCUCCUUCUAAAGCUGGACUCAGUCCCGGGAGUCGACCCGGCGGUAAGGGAAGCAAGGAGGAAGGUGAGUCGGCGAGUCGUUAGCUUGCAGGAGAUUCUCGACUCCAUCGCCGAAGCGAAAGGUUACUGCUACGACGCCGUUGUUGACGAUUACGAAGGCGAUUUCUACGGGUGGGGCCCGCAAGGAUUUGGGGCGAGGAAGUACUGGGAGGAGACGGCGGAGGAGGAGGUGUGUAGGGAGACGGGCGGGGAGGAGAUGGAGAAUUUCUGUGCUCAGUACUUGGGGUUUAGGUGCUUGCAGAGGUUUCUUCGAGAGUGAAAUGAGAGAGAUAUCCCCUGUGCUAUGAUCUUCGAUAAUUUUCCUCUGCAUGCUAAUUAAUAAUGCUUUGAUAAUCAAUGUGUUUUUUCUAAAGUAAUUAUUUAUUUUUCUUUUAAAAAAUAAAUUAUUAUCUGUACCAAGAGGAAGGAUAAAUAAAUUAAAAAAAUCAACUAUAAAAGAUAUUACAAAAACUUGAUUCUCAGAGGAGAGAAAAGAGGAUUUAUCCCAUGACAGCCACAUUCUCGGUUCCAGCUCUUCUCUACCUUAAUUGCAGUGGUCUCUUCAUUAGUUUUCCACUUCUCCUAUGGCUAUCCAAAAUGGGUUUCGUUUCCGUAACUCAACUCACUUCAUCAUUGCCAACUAUCAUGGCGGUCAUCAAUCAACGCUGUACAUCAAUGGUCGGAAUUCGUACUGGCUGAUGAAGAAGAGCGUGUAGGACCUGUCAAGAUCAAAGGUGUCCAGGAUGCUCGAGAGAGGUGCCCAAAUGGGAAUGACAGUGUGCAGGACUAGGGCUUUCAGUUACGGUAAUGGCCCCACGGCGUUUCAGGUCUUCCCUGGGAUUAGAUUAUGUGAUAGUUGAAGCAAGGAGGAACAGAGAGAGACUGAUCCUUGGUUUAAUUAAUAAUUUAGAUGCUUUUGGUGGGAAAAGUACAGUAUCUGACGUGGGCACAAGAAGCUCGGAUUAAUGUCUCUUCUGCAUCUGAUUCAUUCUUUUUAUACCCCACCAUUUAAGACUACUGCAAGGCUUAUGUAAAGGUAUGCUACUGUAAAUACUCUUUAGGACGAUACGAUGAAGUAGCUUGAGCUUUUACUUUCAAUCGAGAAUUUUCAGAUCUUUAAGUAUCUGAAAUCGAAAUGGUAAACCACAUGCUCUUGAACUGGGGACUCUGUUCUUCAUAUGUGAGAGUCAUGGUAACAAUGUUUAUGGUUCUUUGGUCUCCUAAUUAUUCCCUUUUGUUGAUGGUUGCUCAUUCUCAAGCAGCCUUAAUUGGUGAUGGGCCUCAUGAUGUUUAUUAUUUUCUUUGAGUAGACCACGUGAUGACAACUUCUACCUAACUACAUCUUAGGUUUUGUUUGUUAAAACUGUGACCAAGUCUCAAAGUCGAACUAGGUUCACCAAAACCCUGAAAUUGUUUCAUGCCAGUAUUUUAUGAGAUAUUUUCACAAUCAAAAUCUUAGCAUAUUAUAGGAUCCCAACUUCUGAUUUGGAAGCAAAAGCAAAUUAUGUUUCUAGGUGGGCGUAUUCGCAAAGAAGUGAUGGAGACAACAUUCUGAAGAAACCUGUUCUUUUCACGGAGGUUGUCUUGUCACUGCAUGUGAACAACCAAGGAGUAUACGACAGAAAUACUUUGCUGAAGAUAGUUUAUGAUAAAAUUUACGAGUCAUCAAAGAAGCAAGAAGCUGGUGCAGGAGCUUUAAUUUGACAACUAGGUAGUUGAAGGAAUGGAGGAAUAUGGUGACAAAUUCUCUCUUGUAGUAUGGGAUAAUCGCUCUUAUCUGUAGUUUUAUAACAGAGCAGUCAAGUAGGUUUCGAAAUAUUUUUGAAAAACGUGAAGAACAAGUAGCUUCACCAGUCAAGUAGGUUUCGAAAUAUUUUUGAAAAACGGAAGAACAAGUAACUUCACCAUGGCUGAUACUUGCUUUUGCCAGCUGUCUUGGUGUGUUCUUGAAUUAACAGGAAAACAAAAUUUUCAGAGCUAUAGCCAAGAAGGGAUGGUAGUCAUGAAAAUUCUACUCAUCAAAACUUGAGGCUGAGGCUGCUUCAUGAUUAAUGUACAUUCAUCUGUUGGUUUGCUCAGGUGCUUAAGUUUACAUAUGUGAGAUCUGGAUUUGUUUGUACAGGCGCAUAUAUGUGUAUGUAAUUUUCCCCACAAAAUUGCGGAUUCAUUCGCGAUUUUGAACCUUCUCUGGGUACAUGUUUUGUGAGAUAGUGACUUAAUUUUCUCGGAUAAAAUUCUUUGAUCAGAUCUUAUGAUAAGAUCACUUAUCCUUUGUCUGUUUGCUUGAGCAGCUAAUUUAAAAGAAAUAGUAUCAUGAAGCUAAUCAUGCAUUGUGAUGUGACAUAAUCUGAUGAUCUCCAUCACGAACCUAGAGUUUGCUUUAUAUGGCAUCAGGCAGCAAUCGUUUCCAAGGAAAUCACUAAAAAUAUACUCUGCGUAUCAGCAUUGCAGUCACACCUCUUGAUACACUUGGGCCUUGAGCUACCCCCCCACAGGCACUUGGCCAUGCAUCGGAGAAGUGGCACACAUGAUGGGCAGGCGUACUUCAUCUGAUCUACGAUGCAGCCUUUACAUCCACUGCGAUCUGGGGGGCAAGCCGAUGCUGGGGAUAUCAUCAGCCAUAGUGACAGCAGCAUCAGUAAAGCAAGAGAAACUGUGGAGAGCUUCUUCUCUUCCAUUUCUUCAAGGCUAUCUGAUGAGAUCCAACGGUCGGCAGAUGCUGGCUAAAAUAUGAUUUGUCCUUUUUUUGCAGUUGGGUAUGGGGAUUAGACCUUCUUUAAUGACCUCAGUAAAUAUCGUUGAAUUUGACCCUCAGUUGGUGCCAUUUGGGAAAGGCCACAUACCCCAGAAGAUAAGAGCACAUUCCAGUUGUAAGAGUUUCGGUGCUAUUUGUGAAGGGCCGCGUACUUCACAAGAUAAAAGACACAUUGUUAUUAUCAUAAGGUAUAGUUACGUUCUGACUUUUUUUUUAGUUCAACGUAAUAUAUUAUUAAUCUCGUACGUAGUAAGGUCAGAAAUUUAAAUCUCUAACAUAAACAUCAAUUUAAAUAAUCAUCGAUAGAGGAGCCUGUCGGUUCAUUUAAAUUACUCAACUAAUAACCAAAAUUUAAACUUUUGACAUCAACGAAAAUAUCAAUAUUCACUAGGUUAAAAAAACUACUAAGAGAACAACGGCAGUGUCUCUCAUUUAGGCCAAAAGGAAGUGUUUACCAGGUCCUUAAAUAUGCUUGAUUGUCUGUUUUUUUUUUUUUACUUCUCAUCUUUUUAAUGUUCAUACAAUAAUGCUUUUAGAUGAGAUUUCAUUAUUACUUC